GUUUUGGCAUAAACCGUCGGGCACUUAUGUGUGUAACACCGGUGUUUGAGCUGUGUGAUGGAGUUUCGCUGACUGCUAUUCAGUGACGCUUCGUGACUUUUGCAGUAACCGUGUCGCAGCGCAGCGUUGUCCACCUGGAGCUCCGAGCCGGGCGUCAUGGGGGAUAACAUUAUAAUCAGGGUGCAGUCCCCGGAUGGGAUGAAGAAAAUCCCUUCCACCAAGAGGGAGACAGCGGCUACUUUUCUGAAAAAGGUGGCCAAAGAGUUUGGGUUCAAUUCCAACGGGUUUUCUGUUUAUAUAAACCGCAACAAGACCGGAGAGGUUCUGUCCCAGAACAAGUCCCUCAACCUACUAAAGAUCAAGCAUGGGGACAUGUUGUUUCUGUUCCCCUCUGCAUCAUCCUCCUCUUCUUCUUCGGGGGAGGUAAUGGACACGGCGACCCCACACACAUCUUCAUCCCUGCCAUCCAUCUCGUCCUCUUCUUCGUCCUCAUCUUCGUCCUCGUUGAUCCCUCGGUCCUCCUCGGCGCCACAGGUACAGGAGGAUCAGAUCGAUCAGUAUCUGGCCAAACAAGACGGCAAGAUCUACAGGAACAGAGACCCACAGCUAUGUCGUCAUGGUGCCCUUGGAAAAUGUGUGCACUGUGUACCGUUAGAGCCUUUUGACGAAGACUACCUGAACCACCUCGACCCACCGGUGAAGCACAUGUCAUUCCACGCGUACCUUCGCAAGCUGACCGGCGGAGCUGACAAAGGGAAGUUUGCAGCUUUGGAGAACAUCAGCUGUAAGAUAAAGUCGGGAUGUGAGGGUCAUCCUCCCUGGCCCGAGGGGAUCUGCACAAAGUGCCAGCCCAGUGCCAUCACUCUGAACAGACAGAAAUACAGACAUGUAGACAACAUCAUGUUUGAGAACCACACCAUCGCCGACCGAUUCCUGGACUUCUGGAGGAAAACAGGCAGUCAGAGGAUGGGCUACCUAUAUGGCCGGUACACCGAGCACACAGACAUCCCGCUGGGCAUCAGAGCUGAGGUGGCGGCCAUCUAUGAGCCCCCGCAGAGUGCGACCCAGAACAGUUUGGAGCUGUUGGAGGAUCCCAAAGCUGCAGCUGUAGAUGAAAUCGCUGCCAAACUGGGACUCUGCAAGGUGGGCUGGAUCUUCACCGAUCUGUUGUCUGAGGACACAAGGAUAGGGACUGUCCGCUACACAAGAAACCAGGACUCCUUUUACCUGAGCGCUGAGGAGUGCAUCACGUCCGGAUAUUUCCAGAACCAACACUCAAACCCCUGCAGGCUGUCUCGAGAUGGAUACUUUGGAUCCAAGUUUGUGACUGUUGUUGCUACAGGUGGUCCAGAUAAUCAGGUCCACUUUGAAGGCUACCAGGUGUCCAAUCAGUGCAUGGCUCUGGUGAGAGACGAGUGCCUGCUGCCCUGCAAAGACGCUCCUGAGCUCGGCUACGCUAAGGAGUCCAGCCCUGAGCAGUACGUACCAGACGUCUUCUACAAGGACAAAGAUAAAUUUGGGAACGAUGUCACGUUUCUAGCUCGACCUCUUCCUGUCGAGUACCUUAUCAUAGAUAUCACCACAACUUUCCCAAAGGACCCUCAGUACACCUUCACCUCCACACAACGCUUCCCAAUUGAAAACCGCGACAUCCUUGGAGAGACACAAGAUUUUCACAGUUUAGCCACAUACCUGUCCCAGUGCUCCUCCGCGUCAUUCCUGGACAUCGUGUCAGACUUCCAUCUGCUCCUCUUCCUCGUCACCAACGAAGUCAUGCCUCUGAGGGACAGUAUUGGCCUUCUUCUGGACGCAGUGAAAACGUCCAAUGAGGAGCUGGCGCAGACCUGGAAGAAGUCUGAGCAGUGGGCCACCAUAGAGCAGCUUUGCAGCACGGUGGGCGGGCAGCCGUCCAGCUCCCUGGGUUACGAAGCAAUGGGCGGCCCCGCGGCGCCGGCGUCCUCCUCAGCCAUGUGGUCCUGCCUCCACUGCACCUUCAUGAACCAGCCCGGCACAGAGCACUGUGAAAUCUGCAGCCUGCCCCGCAGUUAAGACCCUCCACAGAACUUCCACCUUCAAAGUCCUAACUUCACCAGAUCCAGUUGCAAGAUUCAGAUG